AUGUGCCGCAUUUGCCACGAGGGAGACCAACAGGACUCGCUCGUGUCGCUGUACAGGUGCUCGGGCACCAUGGGCCUCCUGCACAUCACCUGCCUAGAGCGCUGGCUGAACGCCCGAAACAUAGAUCUUUGCGAACUUUGCGACCACCGCUUUCCAACCGUGGGCCAUGCCACUUGCCAAGUGCUCGAAGGUCGCACCAUUGAGGCCGCCGGCCUGGUCACUGUGGCCGGCCUCUUUGUCACGGCCUACAUGGCCUGGUUGUUCCACAAGGUUCGCUUCCACUACCGAGCUUUCGCGGCGUGGCAGUGCAAGGACCACUUCCUGGCAUUGUCAGGGUUGUCGGACGAUCCUACGGCUGUCAAGCAGAUGUACGACUCGUCGGACUACCUCGCCGCUGCCACCAUUUGA